UCCGCUCUUUGAAAAUUGUUUUUUUUUUUUAAAAAUAGAGAAAAUGGGGCGGACAUACUAGAGCCCGCCCCUUGAAAAGUUGUUUUCAAAAAUUUUUUAAAAAGAAUUGGGCGGACAUAUAAUGUUCGUCCCAUGAAAAAAUGUUUUAUAAAAAAAAGAGGGACGAACAUAUAGUGUUCGCCUGAUGAAAGUUAUGUGGGACGGAUAUUUGAGUUACACUCGACCAAAUUUUAGUCGGGUACCGUUGCUUGUUGCCACGGACUAAACCUAAAAUUCGAUCUUUUUUUUGGUAUUUGGUCUUUGAUUUUGAUCGCACCAUUGCAGUUGCCCUUAAGGACAUUGGGUAUUUGGCACUUCUGAGACACCUUAAUCUCUCAUGUUCAGAUACUGCUGUACUACCUGAUUGUAUUGUUAAGCUUACUAACUUGCAGACGUUAAAUCUCUAUCGUUGCCUUGAUUUUAAGGUCUUAUCUGUGAAUAUGGGGUCUUUUGAACAUCUAAAUCGCCUUGAUAUUUCAUCUACAUCAAUUGAAGAAUUACCCGAUUCAGUCACUGGCAUCAAUAGUUUGAGAACUGUCCAAUUUGCGGGUUGCAGGAAAUUAAAAGCACUGCCGAGCAACUUUGGGGCAUUAACACGUCUAAGGUACCUUAAUUGUAAUAGUACUGAUAUUAAAGUGUUGCCUGAAACCUGCAUCAGCAACCUUUGCAAUCUGGAGAUAUUGGAACUAGGACAUGAGUGUGUGCUUCCUAAAGAUAUUCGGUAUUUGACGAAAUUGAGACGUCUUACACUCCGUAGAGAAAAAUAUGAUGAAAUGCCAAGCGGCCUAGACAAGCUAACCUGCCUUGAGGAGUUAGAUUCGCUCAUGGUGAGGAAAGUAAAGGCCUUCCGUACCAAUCUUCAUAGUGGGAUGAAAGAGCUGGCAGACUUAAACUUGCUUCAGGUGUUGGUGAUCAGAAAUUUGGAGAAUGUGAGAGGUCCAAUAGAUGCCGGGAGAGCAAGGUUACAAGACAAGCACAACAUUCGAGUUCUGAAGCUGCAUUGGAAUGAAGAGGUAAUUGAUGAUAGUAUUGUUCUGGAACAUCUCCAACCGCAUCCCAAUUUGAGAACGUUGGAGAUUGGUAGAUUUGGUGGGUCAAAGCUUCCGAAGUGGAUGGGGAGGUCUGAUUCAUCGUUGUGUUGCCUUCCGUAUUUGGUGGAAUUAUGUUUAGAGAACUGCAACAGUUGUGAGCAGCUUCCGUCGUUCGGUCUUCUCCCAUGUCUUAAGGUUCUUUCAAUAUCCAAAAUGAGGUCUUUGAAGUGUUUGGGUAAAGAGUUCUAUCGUCAAGAAGAAGACGAAGAAAGCAGCAGCGUCAUGGUUUAUAAUUGGCGUGGGAUUUAUGCAUGGGCUACAGAAAUAUUUCCACGGAAUUUGGGUUUGGGUUCGUUAAAGCUUGGAUGCGCAACAAUACAACCUGGCCAACCUCUGGUUCCACCACUGAUGGUGAGGAUCAAGAAGACUGCAAAAACAACAACAAUAACAUCAUUAUCAUCCAUAGUUCUUCCACCAUUAUUCCCUUCUUUACUUGAGCUGAGAAUUGAAUCUAUGGAUAAUUUAGAAGAAUGGGUUGCUCCUCCUCCAGCUUAUCGUAACUCGUUCCCUUGCCUUAGAAGUUUGAUCGUUCGUAGUUGCUGUAAACUGAGAACCACACCAAUAAGCUCAUUUUCAUCUCUAAGCAGCUUGGAAUUAUGCAACACCAACGACAAGGCAGUGGGAUCAAUCUUAGCCAGUCUUGCAGGAGAACAAAUCCACUGCCUUUCUAUUGAAGAUUCCCCAGAUCUUAUAUUUUUCCCAAUCCACAACAAUAGUCAGCUUCAAUCUCUGUCAAUAUCAAGAUGUUCUAAGUUUCAAGGUUUUCUUCUUGUAAACAGGGAGGAAGCUUGCAGCAGGAACAGCAACAACAGUUAUCUUUACUCAUCCAAGUUCACAGAUUGUCCUGCUUUGACGUCCCUGCCUGAUUUACACUCAUGGACUUCUCUGCGUAAGUUAUGGAUUAACAAUUGCGACAAACUGAAAGACUCUAUACAAUAUGAUCUGAAAUCGUAUAAAUCUCUUGAUACACUGUUUGUUGAUCAUGUUAAUUUGCUGGGUGUGCCAAAAUCACCAGUAGCAGGAACUGGCUCUGUGAUGUGAAGAACUGGCAAAGGCCUAUCCCAUGAUUACUCAAGCUAGUUUUUCAUUCAUCUCGAAUUGAAGUAGAUUAAUGCAGCGUAUCUAUGGGAUUUGUCUUAGGAUAUAAGGGAUUCAUGUGGUAGAACAUUCUAUAUCGUCAUUUGCUGCAAUGAGCCAAUGAUGAUGAUGGGUAAUGUCAAUGUGGUUCUGUAGUCCGUGUUUACACUGGUGCAUCAACUUGAGUGAUCAAUCUCUGCGCUCUGUCCGAUAUGGAUAGAACAUUUUCAGUUCAUAAUAGUUCCAAAUUUCUUUCAAUUUUCAUGCCUCCACAAAUAUAUGGUGGUUGCCAUUGGGGGGGGGGGGUAACAUUUUAUUCUUUCAGCUGUGAUGUCCGUUGUUCCAAUUCUGGGAUAUGGAGUGUGUUCUUUUUGUAAUCCUUUUGCUGUUAAUGAAAUGCUUUUGUAUCUGAUUGCAAUUCUGCGA